AAACUUUGUAUAUUUAACCUUAUUUAAUUUUUGUAACAACUCAAUCCACAAUUCAAGAAAUUAAACCUUCUAGAAUAAAUAAAUAUCCCCACUUUUUUUGACAUGUUCUUUGUCCCCUCUCUCUCUUCAAUCUUCAUAUAAAUACCCACAUGUUAAAACCAACACAUAACCCAAAUCAUUCAUAAAAAAAAUAUUGGUACGACUUUUUUUUGAAUGAGAAUUGCUAUAAACAACAACAACAACAACUACUACUAUAAAUUACUGUUUCAUCUUCCAAAGGCACCAAAACGAAGUUUGUUUAGAAAUAACAUAAAUAUGUCUUCCCAAUUGGAUGCUCCUAGACAGGUUGUUAAGAAGAUUUUGGCUGAAUCUCAACGCGAAGGCAAUGGUGCCACCGUUCGACGUAGCAUUGGCAGACCAGGAUUGAAGAACAUGGAUCCUUUCCUUAUGUUGGAUGAGUUCUCAGUUUCUGCACCAGCUGGAUUUCCAGAUCAUCCACACAGAGGAUUUGAGACAGUUACAUACAUGUUGGAGGGAGCUUUUGCACAUCAAGACUUUGCUGGACACAAGGGAAUCAUUAGAACUGGUGAUGUGCAGUGGAUGACAGCAGGACGAGGGAUAGUUCAUUCAGAGAUGCCUGUUGGUGAAGGGGUCAACAAGGGUUUGCAACUUUGGAUCAAUCUAUCAUCUAAAGAUAAAAUGAUUGAGCCGAAUUAUCAAGAGUUGUUAAACGAAGACAUAGUAAGGGCAGAGAACGAAGGAGUGGAGGUACGAGUAAUAGCAGGGGAGUCAAUGGGAAUUGAGUCACCAGUUUAUACUAGGACUCCAACAAUGUACCUUGACUUUAAACUGCAACCAGGAUCUGAAUUAUCUCAACCAAUACCGGAGUCAUACAAUGCAUUCGUGUACAUUGUAGAGGGAGAAGGCGUAUUUGGAUCACCAAGUUCAAAACCAGUAUUAGCUCAUCAUUGCUUGGUAUUAGGUCCUGGAGAUGGACUUAAUGUAUGGAACGUAUCAUCGAAUCCACUACGAUUUGUGCUGAUUGGAGGGCAGCCUUUAAAUGAACCAGUAGUGCAAUAUGGUCCUUUUGUUAUGAACACACAAGCAGAAAUUGAAAAGACUUUUGAAGAUUAUCAGUUUGGGAAGAAUGGGUUUGAAAUGGCUAAUUACUGGAGGUCUCAGUCGUAACCGGGUUUCUGCAGCACCCUUCUAUGUGUUUUAUGUGUGUUUUUUUUUAUUUAUGUUUGUUUUCCUAGAGGAUCGAUAUAAUAACAAGUAGGACUUCGUUCAAUUCACACCAUUCUUUUUUAUGUUUAUUGUCCUUCAUUUCUAUAAAUCAAUAAUAAUAAUAACAGUUGCGAAUGAUCGAA